GGACGUCAGUCUCGAUUCUACCUCCGCCUGAACGGAUGGCGUCUUUCUAUUCUCUAUCAAUUUCGAUUCGAGUUCAUUCUGUCUGAGAUGUUUAUCGUGAGUGCAGACACUGCUGUGCAGUGAUGGGGUCACGGGUGGAAAUCUUUCUGAAGUUUACGUGAAGAGUGUUGUAGGUACUGUGGGUCAGUGCAGUGUACUUCUUGAUCUCUCAGCGGUGACGCAAUGAAGUUGCUGGUGUCUAAAACAGAUUUCCGCAUUGCUUAGGAUUGUUCUCGACAGUAUUCCGCCUCUAAUACGAACAACAGACAUGUUUUUUUUUUUUUAUUUAGCCAUUUCUAAACGCUCUGAUAUACUGUGAAAUGUUUUGUUAUAACUGCAAAUGGUUACAUCAUAUGACUUACCAGAAAUUUUCAGAAGCUGCAUUUUCAAAGUGAUUUUUAUUUUAACUCAAAGUGAUUGAGGAAAUAUACGAAUUCCUAUUCUUAUAAAGUACGUAGACACUCAAGAACAGCCAUGGCACUUGCUAACAUGCCCUUACCGCGACUUCCCUUGGCACUCGCUCGACACCAGGAAGCGAUGCCCUUAGCGCCUCACAAACCCGAACCGCCCCCCACGGUGCCCCCCACCGUUAUUUCUCUCAAACAAAUGUGCAGCAAAUUCUGGCUGGAGCGUAUACAGUACGUCCUUCGCAGGGACAUGCCUAAGCCCUUGGUGUUCGCUGUCCAAAGAUUUCUAGAGGACCUCCCGCGCGAGUUACGAGCCAUGAUGAUACACAACGCCCUCAAGGCAGGGGGUCUUCAUCUACGACAUGGCAGCCGCGAAUUAGCGGCCAUAAACCGAGCCCUUGUUUUAUUAACGCCUGAGCUGAAUGUAGUGGAGCCUGUUUACCUCACGCUCCCACGCCCUGGACCAGAUGGGAUCGACUGGCCCCUCGACGUCGAACUCCUCCUGCGUAACGGUGAUGGUCUCACACACCUUGUGCUGACGAUGCCACCUCUUCUGACAGAUGCCGUCCGAAGGGUCUUCACCGACCUGUGCCGCACCUGUAGGAACCUCCGGAAGGUGCGACUGGUCGAUGCUUCCGAUGAUGCCGUCGUCCUCCUGACGAGGCACUGUCGCCACAUAAGCCAUCUCGAUGUGUCUGGCUCUGCAGGGGUCACCGACGAAGGCAUGAACAGACUCAUCGUCAAUCUGCGCUGGGGAGAGGGAGAAAACACCGAGGUGCGCAUGCGCCACAUAGACGUCGGGGCAACCAGCGUGACCAUAGAGGGCAUCUGCGCCCUCGUGAGCCGAGUGCCAGGGCUAGCGAGCAUGGGAUCGAUGGACGUCAUCGAGGCACUCAAGACAAUGGACGAACUAAGUGAUGACUCGUUAGUCACGGCCCUGGAGGAGGUCAACGUGAGAUGCGUGACAGUGGGGAACCUGCAGCUCCUUCGGCGGGUGUGCCCUUUGCUGUCCUCCAUGAACGCGACUAUCAACUUCCCCGGGACGACCCUCAACGACCUGCGCCUCAUAGGAGGCCUGAAGCACCUGAGACUGACGGUGCGGGAGCCGUUCAUGCUGUCUCCGACGGCUCUCUACGAGUUCUCUUGGGCCGUUGGGUCCCAGCUCCUGACGCUGAGGGUGGAGGGGGACGUCUACUUCGAGGUGGACCUUGGGACGGUUGCCUGUAACUGCCCCCACUUGGAGGAACUGGCGUUGCCCGCAGUAACGGUUCCUUCCAAAGAAUCUUUGGCUGCUCUCUCAGACGUUUCCAGUAUUGCACUGGCCAAACUUAAGAUAUUUGAGGUGGACUGCAUGACGGGAGUGGGACCGAAAGCCUGGGCGAAGGACUUCACCCUCAUGCGUCAGGGGAUCGUGGCAGCGCUGAAGAAGGCUCAGCUGCUGAAGAGACUCGUCCUACGGCCAACUCCCAUCGUGGAAAACGACCUCCUGGAAAUCCUCUCUUAUAAUCGCAUGAGGCGCCUUGAGGUACUCGAGUUCUACAACUGCGUCCUUGGUCUGUCAACAGCCCGUUUGUUGGUGGACACCUGUGAAAACCUUCACGUGAUGAAGGGUCUCAGAACCUGGCGCGGCCUGACCUUGCACGACCUGGUCUUGCUGAGAAAACACACAAGAGGUCAUCGAAGAACGGCCGAACUCAAGAUUCUACCAUGAAAUUUGAUCAAUUCACUGGAUUACAACCAAAGGAUUUUUGAAGAGGUUUCAGAUUAGUUGGUGGUAGUCUGAAAAACACUAAAAUGGUUAGGACUGGCUGAUGAAAUGUUUAGGAUGGUUAAUAAUAAUUGUUCUUAAAUGCUUAGAAAUGGGAGUUUGAGAUUGCUAUACGGGGAUUUGUAUGAUAUUGUGAGGACUGCUUCACGAGGACUUCUGAAAUACUUGGUGUUUGUUAAUGGAAACUGGAUUAAGAGCUUUAGGAAAGGUCAAUGGAUAUUGGAUUAUGUGUUUUGGGAUUGGUUAAUGAAAGUUCGAUUAUGUGUUUUGGGAAUUGUUAAUGGGAACUGGAUUAUGUGUUUUAGGACUGGUUAAUAGAAACUGAUCUAAAAUCUUUCUGAUUGGUUGGUGAUUUAUUGUGCUAUCGGCAAUCUCAUCUAUUUGGAUGAGUUUUCCAGCAGAGCUGAAGACAAUUUUCCUCUAAGGAAAAGUCUUUGGGAAUUACGAAUAAUAGACUAGUUAGUGAUGAUAUUUCCAGUGAUUACUCUUCUCCUGACCCUUCCCGUCCUUACCGUUUUUUUUUCUUUUUUUUGCAAUUGGCAACGUCACUGCAUAGUUGCGCAUGCGCAGUGUUGCAAAAGUUGUUCUAUAGCAUUCUUUCUUCGACAAAUGCGUAAUUUUCUUUGUUCGCGUGUUGUGGCACACUAGUGAUCCUUCCAUUUCAUUUAAACUACACAGUUACUCUCUAGACGAUAUGAACAGAUGUUAUGGCAUUGAUUCUCAAACUUAUAAAUUGUGACUUUAGAAUUUUUUUUUUUUUUUUUUGGAGGGGGGUCAUUUUGAUGAAUUUGAUUUUCAUAAUGUCUAACAAGCGGGCUAGGUAAAGUUAAAUGGGUUAGGAAGGUUAGGUUAAUAUAUAUCCCUGCUUUUCAUUAAUUUCCAGCCAUUUCCCCCCCCUUCCCAACCCUAAAAGCCAUUGUUUCCCAAUGGGUGUCGUCAUUACCAUUAAGUAUGGGGUUGUUGGCGAUGGUUUAUGACGGAAAUGAAUGCAAAAUUCGUCCGAAUUAUACUAUGAACUAUUAGAAUAUCAUUAUUUCACCUUUUAGAUAGGAAAGUUAAUAGCGUAAACUGAUUAAUGGGAUUAGUCUAAAAAUUCUGGAGUACUAUAUGUUCAUUUGUUAAGUAUACCUAAGGUAGUCUAAUGGGGGUUGAUAACAAAUGUUCAGAUAUCUAAGGUAAAUUUGUGAUUGAGGAAUGGUCGAGGUGCUUACGACUGCUUAUGAAUUGUAGCCAAUCUGAUGAGUGCAUAAGGCCUCUAAGGGAAUGAUAGGAAAAAACUUAUUUCUUUUUUAAUGGAACACUGAUUUUGAAGGAUUUCACUGGUUCUCAAUGCAUAACUUCAAGUCCUUGCAUACAUUUACGGCUUGGUCUGACAGAUGAUAAUUCUGGGGCAGAUGGGCUUUGCUAAUUGGGCUGAGUACAUGAUUGCUGUGAUUAAAAAGAAUCUUUAGUGACUGCUGGAUUUAUCAAACUGAUUGUUUAUCGAGUCUGUUUACUGGAGAAUAGUUUUGUUGGCCAACUGACUACUUUGAAUAUCGUUCGCUGUAACUCCUCUGGGAUUCUGGUUUGAAAGAAAGCAAGGUUUUCAAUGCUAACUGAUCACCGAAGACUAACAGUUUGUUUGAUAAUGUCUGUGACCAAAUGUCGAAGACUUAGGAAGUCUCGAGUCUCCUAAAUGUGCAAUCUAUAGUGCGCAACUUAAUUCAAAGAACAACAUUAACUUAGUUUGACAGAAUUAAGAAAUGUGGGUCAAAUAAUUCGUAUAACAAAUGUGGUUUUUGUCUGCCUGUUUCAGAAAUGAUGAAUAUUAACGUAGUUUUUGUAUGCACGCUGCAGUCACUGCUUAUGCAUAGUACCGUCAUAAAAGUACAAUAUUAUGGUCACACACUUAACAUGAAUCCUUAUUGAAAAUGUACACAAGUCAAUUAUGUCUCGAAUUCUGUCAGUUUAUCAUAAAACCCUACAUGCGACAAAUGUCCAAUUUAUUCUUUUUCUCAUUUCCUGGCCUUUCUAUUUUCCGGUUAUUCCCAAAAUCACAUACAAACACACACACACACACCCAUCGAACACUAAUAUUCAUGGUGUGUACGCAACUUGGCCGCCUCAAUAGGAUCGAGUGAUUGUUAUUAUCCAAACCAAAGACCAUCACACUGAGUCCUUUGGUGUGCACAACUAGGCAAGAUCUAUGACGACCAAUAGCUGUCCAGUUUUCCUUUAGGUGAAACCAUCAUCGGAGGCAAGGUAAACCAAAACCACUGAAAAGUGGGAACACUGCCGUUUUUACCUGGACAGAUUUGAAAUCCUCCUCUGUCUGCUUAAUAAAUCCACAACUAAGUCUUUUUCUUUGGGGGAAUCCCUUAGCAUUUGACUAAUUAGUUUACCGCAAUACAUCUGAGGUUGACAGGUGUGCACCUUGCCCGUGGGCAAACUGAGUUACUGCGGUAUACCAGGCAACCUCAUUUUGUCUUAUGCCCAAAGGCUGGCAACCAUGAACACUUUUCUUCUAUUGAGGAGUGGCACUAAGGAAGAAAACAAAAUAACCAAUGCCACAUUCAUCCUUUAACUGAUGAUCCAAGCAUAAUGUCACAGUGUAGAAAUCUUCACAGCAUUGUAAGUUUGCAUACUUAUACAAGAUGAUCACAAACGGCGCAUUGAACCGAUACAAUGCCACUAAAACAUUUGCUACUUACCUCCACUGCAGUACAUGAAAUCAACACUUUCUAUGUAUUUCAUAUUUUUGCCAACCUACUGUCCUUUAUUCCCACCACAUGACCAAACCACCUCAAUGCACUCGAAUACGUUUUGCAGCUAAAAAAACAAGUAUUUACCCCAUACUGUAUCUCCCAUUUCUCACACUUUCAACCUUUCUCACUCAAAUAUAAAACAGGAAUAAUUUAUAUCAACAGCUUCAAUUCAAGUCCUUACUUUCAUUUGCGAUCAAUAACCAAACUUCAUUCGUAAAUUUAUUCUUCCAUUCCAACUUUUACAUCCAUGACUUCGCUCCUCUCUUCAAAAUAUCUAAUAUAGACUUUGUUGCCUUUCUCAUUUCGUCUGUUUUGUAAUUCACUUCUCUUCUUACAUCCAUUUAUCCCCUGUUACAUUCCUCCCCUGAUAACUAUAUAAAUCAAUCACCUGUCUUCUGUCUUCCUUAUUAACAUUCACUAUCACCCACCACACACACACACACACACACAUAUAUAUACACGCACAAUAGCAUAUAUAUGUACACACACACA